AUCACCUAAAACUUAUAGUCCAAAAAAUGACAGAUAAAUAAAAUAGAAACAUGGCUAACAAAUUAUUCAGAUUAACCAAUAAAAGAAUAGUAUAUAUAGCGGCCUAAUCAUAUCGUCCAGCUCGCGGAAAUGCCUCAGCAAAAGCACAGGCGACGAUGGCGCAGGAAGGGCAUGUGCUGCAUGUCGGCGCCCCGGCCCUGCAUCGACAGCAUGCCACGCCGCUGCAUGCCACACUGCGCCGUCUGCCCGCCCUGCCCCUCCGCCCAGCACAUCGCCGCCUCCAGCUCCAGCCACUCCGAAUGCUCCUGCGAGGAGGAGAAAUUCUGCACCGUAGACAGCUGCAAGAACGCGCCACAGUGCAUCAGCGCGAAAUCACGGUACUGCCCUUAUGGCUUCAGAGAUAAAUCCGGUUCCGAUCUGAAACCAGAUCAAGCACACAGUAGAGAGAUGCUCGAAUAUCAGCCGCCUCAAGAGCAAUACCCACAAGCCGCUUCCACGCCCUAUAUGCAAGCGCAACCAGGAGCACAACUGACGUCGGAAUUCGCACCAAGCGGGUAUCCAUCAGUUCCCACAAUAUCGUCAAUACAUAGUAGAGCUCCGGAUCAGUUCGAUCAAUCCAUGCCGCAAUACGCGCAGCAACUUCCCAUGGAUGCUGCGCAGGCGCCAAUAAUGCAACAAGAUUUUGGUCCAACCGAAUCUCAAGCUCAAAUGCAAGGCAGAAUGAUGUCUAUAUCUCCGGAAUCCCAACCUCAAAUGCAAGGGAGAAUAAUGCCGAUAUCUCCUGAAUAUCAGGCACCAAUGCAAGGAAGAAUGAUGCCAAUGUCUUCCGAAUCCCAACUUCAAAUGCAACAGAGAAUGAUACCAAGACCCGACACUCUGCCCUCACCGGUGUCUGUUACAAGUGGACCGAGUAUUCAAAUCAGGCAAACGGCAGAUCAGUUUCAACCAUACUACAGCCAACCGCAGGACACGAUGCCGAGUUAUGACUACUCCGCUACGAGACGGCCUAUCCCCGUUUCACAAGAGGAGGGCUACAUUAAUAUUCCGCGAGCUGAGAAACAAGUAGGUGGGUAUUCGCCUGCGCAAUACAGCUUGGGGCCAGCUCCUGAAGAUUCGAUUUAUCCUAGCGGUCUACCGCCGCCACAAUUUGAUCAUGGCCAAAAGUAUUCUUUGUCCGCAGUAUCAUCGGUGGAUAGGAUAAAACCACGACCUAUCAUCAUACAUGAUGAACCCAGAAGAAUGCCGCAAUUUACAUCAGCCACAGAAUAUGUUCCCUCCGACAGGCCACCUACACCAUCGUCGAGGGGAAAACAUGGUUUAAUUCAUGACACUAGAGUGCAACAACCCGUUUCUGAAACUUCUUAUGUCAGAUACGUUUCAGAACCACCGACUUCGCCAGCGCCAUCGGAGAGAAUACCGACCUCACGGCCCGUGUCGACAGAGGGACUCGCGAGGACCGUGUACCGACCUCCAUUCCAGGCCGAUACCAGUAGGGGGGUUCCGUACCAGGCUGAUACCAUUAUGAGGGUUCCGUACCAGGCUGAUACCAUUAUGGGGGUUCCAUACCAAACAGAUACUAGUAGGGGCGUUCCAUAUCAGGCCGACACCAGUAGGGGCGUUCCGUACCAGGCUGAUACUCGUAGGGGAGUACCAUACCAGACAGACACCAGUAGGGGGGUACCGUACCAGACCGAUAUCAAUAUAGGGACUCCAUAUCAGGUCGAUGCCCGUGUGGGAGCUCCACAGCAAGGUGGUACUCGUACUGGAACUCCAUACCAGGCUGAUCCCCGUAUGGCAGCUCCAUAUCAGGCCGAUACACGCACGGGGUAUCAACCUGGUAUUGUAGCGGAGCCUGUUCCAAAAAAAUCAGUGCAUCACGCAAUUCCCGGCACUACUUACGAUACAUCGCUGCCUCUGUCACCUACAGCGCCAGAAAUGGACGACACGCGCUCUGUUACGAUGGACAGACCUAGAAAAGUGCAUCAGCCGAUGCCCAGUGGGUAUGAGUCUAUGAUGGAAUCACCACCCACAAUGGGUCAAUCCUUCCCUUCGCGAUACCCCGUUGGUCGACCACUGGCCGAAAGUACAUCCAUAGGGAGCGGCAGAAACAUUCCUAUGGACUACAGUGCAGGUCCACCGCUGUCCCCAGCUACGUCGGUGCAGACUAGCGAGCAGCGGUCGACUGCGACGGACGGCUUGCACAAAAUCUCUUACCGCGCUCCAUCGACUGGAUACAACAAGUUCUGUAAAGAACCCCCGCAGCCGGAGUACGUCGACAAAUCCAUCGGCUUUGAAUAUCCAGUACCACAAACUGAAUUAGGUGCGUCUGACGAGACACCUCCAAAGUGUUCGUGUCGCUACCCCCCAGCGUUCAAACAUCUGGAGUGUGCCGGCCUCAUGAGUGGCACUUGCGAGUGCAAUGAAAAUGAUUUGUAA